ACAUGCUCACACCCUCCGCCCCGCACAGGCAGACCGGGUCACCGGGUCUGAGACUGAGGUGAUUCGGCUCCUGACUCCUACAGGACUUCGCCUCACUGCUGGCCACCUGAAGGGGGUCAGACUUGUCCGUUCAAUUGGCCGCAGGAAAAGAGGACAUGUGAUGGACUUUUGCCUGAGAGCUUCAUGAAGAGGCCUACUUUCUGAAACUUGAGGCACACCUCUCCUGUGCUGAGGGCGCAUACCUGUGCGGACUUGCCCGUUAGGUGGGACUUAAGAGGGGAAGACGAGACACACCUUACUUACCUAGUUUGGCUUUACGGCGCCCCCCUACACCUUCUUCGCUUGGCCUCUCUCUCUCUCUUUUCCUGAAUGUGGACGAAUAAUCGUUUUGUUCACUGAAAUGUCGACAAACGAGAGAGCAACGCGAGCGCUGAGGGAUAUCCUACGAAACCCGGGAAAUGACGUUUGUGCAGACUGUGGCGCUCCGGGUCCAUCAUGGGGCUCUUGUUCUCUGGGAGUCUUCAUCUGCCUGGCCUGUUCGGGGAUCCACCGCAACAUCCCUAAUGUAAGCAAGGUCAAGUCCCUGAGCCUGGCCCACUGGGAGGACCACGAGGUGCAGUUCAUGGCUGACAACGGUAAUGAGCUGAUGAAGAGUAAAUAUGAGGCCGCUGUUCCAGUUUACUACUACAAACCAACACACAAAGACUGCCAGGUGCUGAGGGAGCAGUGGAUCAGAGCAAAGUAUGAAAGGAAGGAGUUCACUGAGCCUGGGAAGGCCUUUACAUAUGAGGACGGAAUAAGAGACUGCUUGUUGAUGAAGAGGGGGCGGGACAACGGGCAGUUCCUCAGCAGGCGAUUUGUCCUCUCAGUGAGGGAGGGGACUCUGAAGUAUUUCACCAAAUAUGACGCCAAGGAGCCCAAAGCUGUUAUCCAAGUGGCCUCCAUCAAUGCAACCUUCCAGCCUGAAAAGAUCGGCAACCCCAAUGGCAUGCAGAUCACCUACCUCAAAGACUACAGCACCCGCAACAUCUUCGUCUACCAUGACAACGGCAAGGAGAUUGUAGACUGGCUGAAUUCAAUCCGUGCAGUUCAGCUUCACUAUCUAAAAGUGGCUUUUCCUGGGGCGACGGAUGCUGAGCUGGUACCCAAACUUACCCGGAAUUUUCUGAAGGAAGGAUACAUGGAAAAGACCGGACCCAGGCAAACAGAAGGCUUCAAGAAACGUUGGUUCACCCUCGACCACAGACGGCUCAUGUACUUCAAAGAUCAACUGGAUGCCUUUGCCAAAGGUGAGGUGUUUUUGGGGAAUAAGGACCACGGUUACAACGUCUUCCCUUGUCUUCCUGCUGGCACCCAUUGCAAUGGCGCCUGGCAACAUGGUAUCACAAUAGAAACCCCUGACCGCAGCUUCCUCUUUACAUGUGAAACGGAGAGUGACCAGCAGGAUUGGCUGAAGCACUUCAAUGAUGUCGUGAGUGCACCGAUGUCCCCCCAGGACUUCACAAUGGAAGCCCUGUUCAAGCACAGGCAUUGAUGGACCAGCGGCCCCUGAGACCAUCUCCUUUCUUCUCAGCUUAUCACAGAUCUGACACAGGAACUACAUCUGUUCUUUUACUGACUGCUAAAUGGAUUUUGAAAUCUUGUAGUAAAAUCUUGUUCAACCCUUUAUGUUGGACGGUAAGGUUAUUUUUUUCUUUUAAACGUGAGAACAGAUUUGUCAAUCAAACAAUAUUUAGGGGGGCAUGGAUUUUGUUGGUCAUGGUCACUGACUAUGGGAAUAUAACAAUAUAACACAUUGCUAAAUCUAAUCAUUAAACUAUUAAUAAUAAUAAACAGAUAAUUAAAUGGGCUGAAAUAUAACAGACUAUCAAGUGACAGAAAACAAUUGUAUCUUUGGAGUCAGAGCUCCUUUUUAUUUUUUCUACACUUUUUAUUCUAAAAGUAAUCAAAUUAAUUGGUUGUUUCAUUUUGACUUUAUAAUUACUCUAAUUCCUUAAAACAUUUAGAUUCAGUGUAAGUAUUUCAGCUCACUUCAUGCCUCUUGUUGCUCAUUGUUCUGUAUCAGCAUUACAAAAUGUGAACAAACCUUUUUUUCAUAUUUUGCAGCAGUAUCUUUAGACACACUACCUGUACAGUUUAUGUCAUAAAAACAUAACAUAUCAUUUUGGGUUUUUUUGUGCUGAGGCAAAUGUUAAUUUUGUAAUUAAGUUUUUAGGAAAAAAAUAAGUGUUUUCAUCAAAAACAGUAAAGGAGAUUUACAAAUGCCUUUGGAUAGAAAACAUGGAAACACUGUCGGCCUUUUCAUGGUUCAACAGUGUCCCCAUGUGGCAAACACAACAUAUAUUAAGUUCUUCAUGAUAAUGAUAAAAACAAAUGCCCUUUUAACUAUUCUUCAUAGAUAUCACAGAGAUAAAUGGUUGUUUUUUUUUUCCUUUUCCAGUUUUGGUUAUAGAAAUAAUUACACUAAAUGUUGAUCCGCGAGUAUUUUUCUUUGUUUGUAUGUUUGUUUUUACAAAAACAAGAAACAUGUCUGGCUGAAAACACAUACAACUAUUGAUGAUCACUAAUAAAAAAUAAUUUCUUCGGAAGUUUUCAAGAAAUUUUUGGACAGA